UCGUAAAGUAUAACGAUUUAAUCUAGCGAGAUAAAGUGAUGUGGUUGUUGAUACAACAGCUGAUGGAAUAAUAUAAACACUAAAGAGUACACGCAAAAUUGUGAAUGUUGAUUGUGUGUGUGGGGGAGAUGACGUUUUGAGAUGAAGGCGGGUACCAGUUUUGAUUCCUCAGUGACCUUCUAAUACCGUGGUUACAUACGACGAAAAGAAAGGACUUUCAUCGUACGUUUGUAUAUAAUUUGCGAAGUCAAUUUUGACUUACAACAAAUACACGAGAUAUUUUGGUGAAAAGAGAAAACAUCUUAACGAAUAUGUGUAUUGUGGAACUGUUGUCACAAUACUUGUUCCUUAAGAAGUCUCUGCAGGAUGUUGUUGAAUUAACUCCAGGUUAAGUGGAUAAAAGAAUGAUGCCGUCGAGAAACAUCAUGACAGAAAACUUAUUGGGCCUGUCGUGGCAUGACAGUGCUUGGAUCCCCAUAUUAAAUCCUUCCAACAUUAUGGAUUACUUUUCAGAACGAAGCAACCCAUUUUUUGACCGGACGUGUAAUAAUGAAAUAGUUAAAAUGCAACGCCUGAAUCCAGAUCAGUUGCAAAAUAUGACUGGACUUGAAUACAUAUUGCUUCACGUCCAGGAACCAAUUCUGUAUGUAAUUCGCAAACAGCAUCGACAUACUCCCACCCAGGCAACACCUCUUGCAGAUUAUUACAUUAUUGCUGGCACAGUUUAUCAAGCCCCUGACCUUAUGUCUGUGAUAAAUUCAAGAUUGAUGUCAACAAUACAUCAUCUACAAUCUGCAUUUGAAGAAUCAAACUCUUAUUCUCGAUAUCACCCUUCUAAAGGGUAUUCAUGGGAUCUAAAAGAACGCAAACCAUCAGAAAGGACUGCAUCAAAAAAGGAGACUCAAAGGGAAGAGCCGAGCUCAUUGUUCCAGAGACAAAGAGUGGAUAUGUUGCUGGCAGAACUUACACGAAAGUUCCCAGUUCAAGUCAUUCCUCAACAGAAACCAGCAAUUGAAGAAGUGAAAGCUGAACCUCGUGAAAUUAAACAGGAGAAACCAGAUAGUCAGCGAAACAUGAAGCCACCACCAGAGAAAAAACCAAAGAUCAAUUUGUGAAGAGGAAUUCCAGAAAAUCUAAAUAAAGCAAACUGGAAAUCAAUCUUGUAUUUUUUUAUAAAUAUAUCCAAUAAAAAAAUUCGAACAUUA